AUGAGCAAAAAAUUAUCGGCUCCUAGUGCUUGGGACGACGACUGGGAAUCUCAAGCCGAUGCAUGGGAUGCAGCUCCUACACCGAAUAAAGCGGUCGAGGACGAACCCAAAAUUUCCAAGGCUGAACUAUUAGCAAAACAUGCGGAGACUAACAAGAGAAUAUGGGAAUCUGCCGAAACUCCAGGCGGUCUUUCAGAACAAUUUCCGUUCCUCCUCCCUCCAAGUCUGGCUAAGCCUGUCCCGUUAUCUACACCGUACAAAGCGCCUCUUACACUUCUAUCUCGAAAGCCCGCUCCUAGAACAGUUACUAAGAUCGAUCCUCGUACUGGUGAAACGACCACAGUUGAAGCAGAGGAAGAAGAGGAAGUAAUUGUCGCAGGACCAAGUGCUGAAGAACUCCGCGAAAAGGCGCAACGUGAACGAGAGGAAAAGCAAAGAAAAUACGACGAAGCCAGAGCCAGAAUCUUAGGUACAAGUUCUUCGCCAAGAAGCAAUUCUGGAAAUGGGAGAGGGGGUAGCGGUAGUAAUACUCCUAGGAACGGAACACCCCCUCUGCAGGCAAGGGGAAGAGGUAGAGGAAAUGACGUUCGGAGACCAGAUAGUAGGCCAGACAGUAGAACUGGACAAAAGGAAUUAUUCGAUCCAAACUAUACACCUAAGCCUGGAUCGUUCACAAUACAGAAGACAUCUAGAAAUGGGGAAGGAUCACGACCAGCAUCAGGCACAUCUACACCAACAUCACGAGAGAACGAACAAAUUAUUAGAGCACCAAGAGGACCCGAUGCGACAGGUAGAGGAUUUGAAUUCGCAAAUCGAGGUGGGAAAACGGGUUGA